GCGACUAGAACAAGGAAGUAGCCAAAACAACAGCGUCAAAGAAUUGAGAAGGAAGACCCACAAAUAAAGAAUCAAAUUAUUUUUAUUAAACCAGUCAAAUUGACCUCGAAUAGUUUAUGGUGGCAUGGUGGGUCGCUAUGUAGCCGUAACCUAAAUUUGUUUAUUAACCGUUUUCACUUGGAGAAGGUCACAGACGUUACCUUGUUAUACGUGGUGGUCUGCCUUAUUCAAGGUGUCAUCAGGUUUUUGUAGAGAAUGGACGAGAGACACAAAACGGUUCUCCAACGCAACAGGACCAAUUUUGUGAGAGACUUGGACCCUUCAGCUCUUUAUGAUGGACUUCUCGAAAAAGGAGUAUUCACUCAAGACAUGAUUGAUGAAAUAAAGAGUUCAGGAACCAGACGGGAUCAAGCCAGACAGCUAGUCCGGGACUUAGAGACCCGUGGUAGGCGGGCCUUCCCUUGCUUCCUGGAGUGCCUUCGAGAGACUGGUCAAGACGGACUGGCAGAGCAUCUACAGAAUGGGGAACCACCAGUCCAACCUCAGCUCGAGUUCCCCAUUCAUGUUGUUCGUCCUGUGGUCCAGCCUCUUCCAGUUUUCUCUCCCGUGGAUGUUGAUAAGCACUGUAAAGAUGUUUCCCCAGUCUAUCCAUUACAGAAGCCCACCACAACACCCAGUUCAUCACCUGAAAAAGACUAUACAAGACAGAGGUCACAAGGGAGAACUAGACGCGAUAGUAUUCAGAGCUAUAAAAUGGAUGCCACCCCGUGUGGACACUGCCUAAUCAUAAACAAUGUAGAGUUUGAACCCCAGAGUGAGCUCAGCAAUCGUACAGGGUCCAACAUAGACUGUGACAAGCUGGAGAGAAGAUUCAAGGCUCUCAGAUUUAUUGUUGAAGUGAAGACAAACGUGAAAUACAAACAAAUAAGACAUGCGCUGUCAGCCUUAUCCAAGAGGGAUCAUUCACUCUAUGACUGCUGUGUGGUUAUCAUUCUGUCCCAUGGGACUGAGGUGAGCCACAACCGCUUCCCUGGUGCAGUACAUGGUGUAGAUGGACCCAUUGUGCCAGUUCAGCUCAUCACAAACUACCUCAAUGGCCAGCAUUGUCCAUCCUUACAGGGCAAACCCAAGCUUUUCUUUAUACAGGCAUGUGGAGGAGGUGAAAGAGACACAGGCUUUGAGGUGUCCCCUGACGAAGCAAGGCCAUCCAUCGGUGGACUAGAUGACCAGACAGAUGCUAUUCCCAUGUCAUCAAGCAGUGACUCUCUGAGCAUGUCUGAUGAAACUGAUGCCAGAGCCACACUGCCCACACCUUGUGACAUUCUGGUGUCCUACUCAACCUUUCCUGGCUAUGUGUCCUGGAGAGAUGCCCAGUUGGGCUCUUGGUAUGUGGAAACACUGGAUCGUAUCCUUGAAGAAAACGUAUCUACUGAUGACUUGGUCACUAUGUUGAUGAUGGUUAACAAUGAGGUCUCCCAAAACUCUGCCAAAGGACUCUACAAGCAAAUCCCCGGCUCUUUUAACUUUCUUCGCAAGCUUCUGUAUUUUCAAACUACGCCACAGAAACAAAGUUCUGCUUGAGAAUCUUGGGUUUCACCUUCAGAUAAUGUUUGUCCUUGUUACCUUUUGGAGUGUCUCUACAGUUUCUUCAGGCAGUGUUGUAGUACUCGAGUCCAGGACUCGGACUCGAGUCCGACUCAAGUCCUGAUUUUCAGGACUCGUGACUCGACUUGGACUUGAGCACUGAUGACUCGGACUUGGACUUGGACUCCAACACUGGGGGCUCGAGACUCGACUCGGACUCGAGGUUUAGUGACUCAACUACAACACUGGUGUGUGUGCACAUGCUUUCGAGUGCAUUUGUUUGGCUAUUGUGUCACAAAGUAAAUAAACUCCCUUUGAAAUGGUGAUAGCUGUGUCAUUUUUGGUUAAUGCAGACCUUUUUUAUUUGUAUGUCAGCUUUUUUACGGUGCCAGAGUGGAGCACUGGAGCCCAUCUUGGAACUCGACUCAGACUUGAUGACAUGGACUCUGACUCAGGUAAUGGGGACUUGACUUGGAUUCGACUCGGACUCUUCUUUGGGGACUCAGACUUGGACUUGGCCUCGAACACUGGGGACUCGAGACUCGACUCAGAUUCGAGGUUUAGUGACUCGACCACAACACUGUCGUCAGGUAUUGUCUAUGUACAUUUGGAAGCUACUGUGUAUUAUUUUGUUCUGUUAAGUAGGGCUACGUUUUUAUUGACCCCAUAAUGUAUUUCUCCUUACUUUUUUAAUAUUGCUUUGUUUUAGCUGAAAUUUAUGCAAAGAAAAUACCCAUUAUGAUGGUUCAAUUUUUAAAAUUUUGAUAUUCAAAAUGUUCUUGGUAAAGAGACAUGAGAUAUGAUUCUAUUGGAGUAGAAAACUACAAAUAAAACAAAACUGUCUUUAGGAAUGGACUUUACAAACCCUCAUAUUUCAGAUGUCAUCAAUAAUGGAUCUUGGUAAUUUAAAUAUGUUUUUUUUAAGUGCUUUGGUGGACUUGAACCAGAAAAAGACAACUGAAAGUCGAUAUGUAACUGGGUAUAAAGGGAACAUUUUAAAAGGAAGAGUAACUACUCUCACAGCUGUGUCUGUCUUUCUCUUCCAGUAUAACUGUAUGUGUGUCAUAUUCCUAGGGAGUUUUAACCCCUGUCGAGCAGGGAUGCAUUUGAUAUUCUAUGGCUGAUCUCUCUCUCUCUCUCUCUCUCUCAUUGUCAAGACUGCUUUCUGUCUUCCAUAGCUAUGUACUCCAGUUCCAGAUGGCCACACAUACUGUGCUGCGCUCAGUGUUAAUACAAAGAGCAGACUAAUAUUGGAUGAAUUAUCUGAUAUCUUCAUCUCCAACCCUCAUGUCUGAAUCUAAUAAUGACUAUGGACUGAAAGCACAACAUCCUCACUAGGAGACGAGCACAUUUGGCUUGUGCUUGUAGUAUGAUCCCAACCCAAGUGGUGAGGAAGUAACUGCUGCAUCAGGGAGGGGGAUCCCAGCCUAAUACAUUUCUGUCCCAGUAGUGUGUUUACCGCUGUUGAAUUGUAUGUCAAACAACCUAUUAUGAACUCUUAGAAUUUGUUUUGUUGCAUGCUUUAGUUUCCAAAAAUGAUACUGCAGUAUCGACUAUGUAUAACAUAUCAUUACUUCUGCUAUGCCUUUUAUAUUCAUAAAUUGUGUUACAUUGAACUGUUAGUCAUACUACAGGGCUCUUUCUGUGACUUGUCCAAUGGAUAGUGCAUGUGAGCCCCAGAGGGCCUGACCUUUACUGUGGCAGAGUCAAGAAUGACCAAGUUCAGUAAAUGAGGAGAUGCACUGGAUUUGGGAACUAUAAUGAUAGGUUGAGAGACUUUGCUGAAUGGUUUUUACUAAACAGAUUUGACACAACUUUUCCAUUGUGGCUCUGCUGACAGGAGGCAAGGGAGGAGUCGCUUAAUCACACCAUUGAGGUUUGUGUGAUGCUUUCAGUAUGCACGCACUGUAAAGCACCAGCCAGCCACAUGAUGAAUCACUAUAUUGAUUAUUUUAUCCAAAAAAAGAAGAAGAGAGUUUUGAAACAAUUUGUACCCUGAGGCCUAUUUAUUUUUGGUUUAUACGUAUUUUGUAACAGAGCAAUGUAUUGAGCUCCUGAAUAUCCUCGACCCAGAAAGAAGUCAAAUGACAAAAAGCUGAAAAUAAGCCAAUUUUACAUAACUAAGAUGAGCAAGGGUGUUCCUAAACCGUAUUUUUUUCCCUUUUAGCCUGUUAGAGUGAGCAAGUGAGACAAGUUCUCCGUGACUAUUCAGGGCUCAGUUCUUAAUUUGCAACAGCUGCUGUCUGAGAUCUCUGAGCAACGUGCUCAGCAACAAUUAUGAAAUGGUCAUAAACAUAC